UAAUUUAAAGAAAUUUAUCUUAUAAAAAUUUAGUAACUUUAAUUUUGUUUGGUAUAUUUAAUCAUUUACAAUCUAUUAAAGGUUACUCGUAAGUUUUGUGUUUAAAACAAUAGGCGAAUUAGCUGCUAAAUAAUUAGUUUUAAAUAAAAUAAAAUUAAAAGUAGUAAAAAUAAAAGAAAAAUGGCCUAAAAAUAAUUCUUAUUAAUAUUGUUAAUUGCUUUGAUUUGCACAUCAAAUGUCUUUGCCUAAUGUAGAGGUUUCGUUAAGGAUGAUUAUGAAAACAAGAAUUCUUUAAGCUUUAUUGAAAGAUUCAUUGCUAACUUAUGUGAAUAUACCAACAUUUCAGAUUCUAAUGGAGAUGCAGACUAAAAUAAUAUCAAUACUUAAAUUGAUUAAGAAUGUGAAGAAAACUCAAAUACUGGAUAAUGA